UGUUACUACAGUAGUUCGGCCAAUGGCAGACCGAGCGUAGGGAAGUUCUGGCCAGAGCAUAUCGACCCCUUCCUAUGUACCCAUGUUAUCUUCGCUUUCGUUGAUAUAUCUAAAGACGGUAGAGAUUUAAAACCCAACAAUUGGAAUGAUUUAGGACCAGAAGGUCUUUAUGCUCGAACAAUUAGACUGAAAGAGAAGAAUCCAGAAUUAAAAGUAUUGUUAGCAGUUGGUGGCUGGAAGAUUGGGUCUAAACCAUUCUUACCCAUUAUCAAGAACGAAGCCACGUGGACAGCUUGGGUUAAAAAUGCUGUCAAAUAUUUACGAAAGUAUGGGUUCGAUGGAAUGGACAUGGAUUGGGAAUUCCCCGGUACGAGAGGCAGUGGUGAAAAUGAUAAAUAUAAAUUUACUAAAUACAUGAAGGCUCUCUAUGAUGCUUUUGCUGAAGAAUCAGAAGCUACUGGGAGAGAACGGUUGUUACUAACAUUAGCUACUGCUUCUAGUGAAUUCUACAUCAGUAAAUCAUAUGAACCAGACAAGAUCCAUCUCUAUAUCGACUAUAUGUUAUUGAUGACGUACAACUACCAUGGUUCAGGCUGGGAGAAACACACCGGACACCACAGUCCUCUACUACCACAUUCUAAAGACCCCGAGGGUGAACAGAAGGAAUUACACCAGCAAUGGUCGAUAUCGUACUGGUUAAAAACUGGAGUACCCAAAGAGAAGCUUAUCGUAGGAUUACCUACCUAUGGAUUAGGAUAUAAACUGAUAUCCAAUGAUCACGGUAUCCGGGCACCUGCUGAUGGCGGCAACACUAAAGGACGAUAUACUGCUGAAUCUGGUAUCUUGUCAUUAUAUGAGAUUUGUGAGAAGAUUCAGGAUGAAAAGUGGAAGGUGGAAUGGGUGGAUGAACAGAAAGUACCGUAUGCUCACGGUGAUGGUGAAUGGAUUGGGUUCGAAUCCCCAGAUAGUAUAGCAAUUAAAGCCAAGAACAUUAUAAUGAGAGAGUUGGCUGGUGCCUUUAUUUGGUCUGUUGAAAUGGACGACUUUAGUGGUCAUUGCGGCGGUACCAAAUACCCUCUUUUGAGAACUGUGUCCAACAUUCUUAAGAAGGGUUUAGACGCCUGGAAAAUUGGAGCGGCUGCUAGUGUAGAUAUAAAAAGUGAAGGUGGGUCGGUUGAAAUUUAG